UACAUAUAUAUACGUAUGUAUAUACCCGGAUAUCCUAUAUACAGCUGGUAUAUCUAUAUAUACACAGAUGCUACGGUGUGUUUAUAAAGCUUGAACCGCUGCGAAAUUUAUACUAACUGUACAGUAAAAAAUUUUACAAAAUGUUACCCUUAUCGUUAUUGCGUACUGCACAAAAUCAUCCUAUGUUAGUAGAAUUGAAAAAUGGAGAAACAUAUAACGGUCACUUAGUUAGUUGUGAUAACUGGAUGAACAUCAACCUCAGAGAAGUCAUCUGUACUUCAAGGGAUGGUGACAAAUUCUGGAGGAUGCCUGAAUGCUAUAUCAGAGGCAGCACGAUAAAAUAUUUGCGAAUACCUGAUGAAGUUAUUGACAUGGUCAAAGAGGAUGUUCAAAUGAAAUCCAGGGGUCGUGGUGACAUGAAAGGCAGAGGUGGACAAAACCAAAGAGGUGGCCGUGGAGGUGGUAGAGGUACAUUUGGUAAUCGUGGAGGAAGAGGCCCAGUACCCAUAGGUCGUGGUGGGGGCAACCAAGGCAACAAAAGUCGAAAAUUAAAUUAAUUUAUAUCAUGUGUAUGACUAGUAUUAAUUCUAAUAUACAAUAUUUUUAAGUAAGAAAAUAAAGAAUUUUUUUCGUAAUUA